AUGGAGCUGCCAGGGGACUUGGUGGCCAAGUUGCUUUUCAAGGUGGCAUUUUCGCGCCACGAGGCCUACAAUGUGCUGGGAGCAUGCUGUCCGCAGAUUCCUGCCCUGGCGAUGGAAGCUGUAAGGUUCGAAACGCGGGCGGUGGAGGCAGACCUGAAAAUGUCGAAAGAACCGGCCAGCGGCAUACGCUUCGUGCAUCCAGGCUCUGAAGCCUUCAUAGUCCCCGUGUCGCACCCGCAGAAGGCCCUGGCCGCCCUCGCGCCCACCGCCCGAGACCAGCGGCUCCAGGCGGGCUUCAGCAAGUCCAUCACAGCCAUCGUUAAGGACAUGGUCCGCAGUACUUCAGUGUUGAACUUCCUGAUGAACACAUGUCUGAUGUCCUUUGCAGAGCAGAUGGACCUGGCGCUUCGCCUUAGCCGCGCAAGCGAAGCGGAGGAGGAGACGCCCACCACGGCGAACAAGACCCCGGCGCCGCCCGACGAGGCAGCCGAGGAGGAGGAGAAGGACUGCGAAGGCGUUCUCCUCCGCCUGGUGCAGCCGGCGGCAGCGGGCGCGGCGACAGCAGAGCCACUCCAGGUGGUCCUGCGUGAGAGCUCUGCCGGCGAGGAGAUCGGCUUACAAGGUCAGCUGAGGCACAACUGCGAGCAGAUCGCGCUGAAGCUAGCGCGGGCAGACUGGCUGCUGCUCUACGAGGGCGUGGCUUUGGAGGCGCAGCUGCGCGCGCGGACAAUGGCCUUCCAGCUGCGCCAGCGGCAGCCCGACGCCAAAGGAGCCGUGCAGCUGCUGGACCUAGAGGUGGUUCUUCUCCAGCUUCCUGUCUUCGGGGCACGAGGAUCCUCCCCAGAGGGUGCUGUGGCUGCAGCCUCCGCGGCGUGUGUGGAGGCCGGACUGGCCACGGGUGGAGGGGAAGAGGAAGCCAGUCUCAGGGACUUCCUGCAAACGUGGGAGGACUUCGAUGGCUGGGCAUCUUCUCUCGAGGAGCAUCUAGGACCACUCGACCUCGAGGUUAGCCGAGAGCGUUCCAACAACCUUCAAAGAGGCCAGUCGCACACGCCCUACGUCGUAGACCUGUGCCGGCUAGCCUUCCGAAACUUCGCCAUCUGCGAGGGGCGGCUGUUCAUUUCGCUGGCGCUGGCGCUCUACAGCCUCAUUGCCAGGGCCCUGCGCGACGAUCCUGAGAGGGAGCCCUCGGAGGACUUUAAGCAGGCAAAGGGCGGAGGUGAAGAGCACAGCCGCCGCCUUGCGCUACUGGAGGCCUUGCACAACCUGGCGAGCACCUUCGCCGUUCAUGACGACGCCCUGGCGCUGCAGCGGAGCACACUGGAGGAGUACCGCUACUAUCUCUUGGAGCCUCUAGAGCGAGCCUGCCAGCACUUCGAUCUGCUGGAGAACUGA